UUCAUAAUGGAGGACCGUCCUAUUAAUUAUAAUUUAUUACAUAAAGAUGAGUUAGAGUAUGAAGUGUCCAUUAGGGAUGUCACUCCCGCGGGAGAUGUAAAAAGCUUAAGGGAACAAAUUAGGAAGUUAGCAAGGGAGCUACCUUCGGAUGACAUUGCGGAAUUUGAAGGGCAGUUAGCGCAAGAGCUUACAGUGGUUCAAAAGAAGUUAGGUGAAUUGGAGGAAUCUACCACGGCUGCCAAGUCUCCAAUAACUUUGAAGUCUCUUAAUCGGGUACAAGCAUUAGGUCACCAUUUAUAUCAUCGAUUAACACGGAUCAAACCAGUAGAGUCCACCGAUGUGACCUCGCACUCCGAGUUAAUGGAGCGGCUUAUGCGAAUUCUUUCAAAAUUGGAUAACAUGCUAUCGGUAUUCGUGUCGACUCAUUCGAAUGCUGCGUUUACUGAUGCGGUCGAAGGGGUGGAGCCUCCUGCUCAGACGGAGACUUCACCAGCGGUUCCUAAUGCUUCGUGCUUUAAUAAAUAUCAGACGGUUAGUUCUUUAAAUCUUAAAUUUAACGGUCGUUCGUGUGUGAAGGCUUUCCUGCAGCGGGUCGAGGAGUUGGCAGCUUCGCGUCGAAUUACGGAGGCUAGGCUUUUAGCUUCGGCGGUGGAAUUAUUUGAUGGAGAUGCACUGAUGUGGUACCGUGGUAUCCGUACGGAGGUGUCUACUUGGGAUCAGCUGAAGGCCGCCUUGAUAGAGGAAUUUUUGCCGUUCGAUUACGAUAGGCGCUUACUUAAAGAAAUUAGGAAUCGUACUCAGGGUUCUAAUGAGAACAUUUCCACAUACAUUAGUAUUAUGCAGAAUUACUUCAGCCGUUUAAAUAGUGAAUUGUCGGAUCAAGAGAAGUUUGACAUAGUUUCAAUUAAUGUUCGUCCGGAAUAUACAGUGCCCUUGGCUAUCCAGUCAGUUACUACCUUAAAGGAUUUGAAGAGGGUGUGUCGCGUGCUUGAAGAUAGCUGGCAACGGGCCAAUGCAUUUGUGGAGCCUCCUAGACCUUCCUCGUCGACUUUAGCCGCGGAUCUGAGUUUUAAAUCCUCAUCACGUCCCAAGGUGGAGGCAGCUCACCCGAUGGAGAAGCCGUUCUGUGUUCGUUGUCGUGUAGAUACGCACAGUUUACGUGAGUGCAAGUCUAAGCGUGUGGUUUGCUUUAAAUGUGGUAAGGGGGGCGUGACUUAUCCGGACUGCCCAAAUUGUUUAUCUCAGGCUUCCACUUCGUCCUCGUCGCACAAUGAUGAUGUUUCCGGUGCUUCAAAAAACUAAAUAGUCCGGGCCGCCGAAUUUUGAGUCCCUACGAUUCGGAGCGUGGGAACUCGUGUAAUUUGGUUGAUUUUGGUGGAGAUAAUAUUGGGGUAGGUCCGGAUUGUCCCGACUACCCACUUAUAGUUAGCACCUUAAUGUCUCUUCCCGUUUCGGUGGUUCGGAAUCGGUUCGUUAUAAAUAAGGACGAGCGACCUCACAUGUCGGUGGGCAUUUUAGGUCAUUCUUUUCGAGGCCUCUUGGAUACAGGGGCAGGAAUAAGUAUCAUUGGUUCCAACUCUCAUGUGGAUUUUUUAUCGCUAGGAGCUCAGUUAGUUUCUGCCACGGAUAAUACCCAUAUUAUAGCGGCUAAUAAAACUCGUUCGAGAAUAGUCGGUUGUAUGUAUUUAACGGUCAAGGCUAAGAAUCUUACGCGUGAAAUUAAAUUUUACGUGAUACCGGAUGUAGGCACGCGCAUGAUCUUCGGGGUUAACUUCUUUAAAGCGUUCAACAUUGCGCCCGAAUUAUUUCGUCAGUACGGGAACUCGGAUUCAGACACUACCGUAGAUGAGGUAGUGCCUGACAAGCACCUUUGCUCCUUCCAGGAGUUGACUUCGGA